AUGUCUAGGUCAGGUGCACGCACUAUUACAUCGGGUGUCCCUGGCCAACCAAACGAUCUACAGACCCCGGCACGGCAUGGCGACAGCCCCCCGUUGCUAUUCGGACAGACACCAACUUCGAUGAAGAAAGCGUGGAUGGAAGAAAGCGGAGAAGCUAUUACACUAGACUCAUGGGUGGAGAUCGAUCUGCUUGGGACUACAUGGGGUCGAGUGGUGAUUGUGAACGUCCCCAAAUGCCGGGCCCUCAACCAAAUGGGUCUUUUCCUUCCAGCGCCACCUGGAGACCCGAGCCCCUGGGCAAGCGCCGUUCACAACCUCUGGAGAGGGGAAGGAUUUAUCCGAAAAUGA